AAUUAACACAUCUACAGUUUUAUUAUAUGUAUGUAUAGAUAUAGAUGAAAGGCCAGUGUUGACCGAAACUUUGUAACGCGAGCACGCAUACUUCGCAUACUAAGCGAUACGUGAGAUAUUUGACGUCGAGCGACAACAAUUGUUUUUAAUAACGUUGUUCUUCAAAGACAUUCAACAAGUGAACAUAGGGAAAAUACAAAACAAAUAUAAUUAAAGAUGACGGAUAAAAGUUUAGAUAUAAUAGUGUUGGGUGCUACAGGUUUUACAGGAAAAUGUACAGUGCAACAUCUCGCAAGACUUACUAAAGAAAAAUAUUUGGAUGUUACAUGGGGUAUCGCAGGGCGUUCUAAGGAUAAAAUGCAGAGUUUAAUUACGGAACUCAAUAAAUUGGGUUUAGAUGCAAAGAAUAUUCCUAUGAUUGAAAGCAACGUUGACAACCGUGAGUCGUUGAAGAAAGCCCUGCAAAUGGCGAAGGUGGUUAUAAACUGUACGGGACCAAACUCCGUGCUGAGCGCUCCUAUUGUUGAGGCUUCCAUCGAAUCUGGAACACAUUACCUCGACAUAUCAGCUGAAAUGUUUCAUAUUCUCCAACUUUAUCAGAAGUACAAUAAGAGUGCAGAAGAGGCCAGUGUUUUGGUGGUACCUAGUUGUGGAUAUGCAGCUAUACCAACAGAAUCUGCUAUGAUAUAUCUGGAGAGGCAGUUUAAAGGCACUCUGUACACAGUGGAAUGCUACACAGCAUUAGAUAUACCAAAGAGAACGUAUAUUCCUGGUCGUGCUCUCAUCCACAAUGGAACAUGGACUUCCCUGGUGUAUGUGUUGGAGAGUUUUAAAGAUCAUCUUAAUUUAUGGAAGGAACUGUUUCCUAAGCCUGUUGAACCAGUACCAGAAGAGAUGAAUAAAUCAUUCUUCCACCGUCACAAAGGCGAAACGUGGUUCCCUUACCCCGGCACAGAGAAUUAUGUAGUAGACAUGUCGCAAAGAUAUCUACACGAGAAAACACAGAAGAAACCUGUCCACUUCAAAGCUUACACAACAAUGCCAUCGUUCAUCCAUUUCAUUGUAAUCCCAGUUAUGUAUUUAUACUACUAUCUAAGUUAUUUUAAAUGCUUUAGAAGCUAUUUAAUCAAUUUCCCUCGACUCGCCACCAUUGGUUAUGCAUCACAAAAAGGACCCACGGAACGAACAAGAAAGGAUACGAAGUAUAGCUUCACUUUGAAUGGCAAAGGCUGGGAUAUUGGUGCUGACUUGAAUACGGAGCCGACAAAGAAGAUGUCUGUUAAGGUGUCAGGCAGCGAUCCAGGCUACGACACAACAGCGAUUGCAAUAAUCAUGUGUGCCAUCACUAUACUGAAAGAAGGCUCAAAUAUACCUAAAGGAGGCGUCGUGAUGCCCGGAGCAGCAUUCUACAGAACUGAUAUAGUAGAUAGAUUGAUGCAUGAAGGCUACACUUAUGAAGUGUUAGGGGCGGGGGAUAGCGUUGUACAAGUAGCUUAAAUCCUAGAUAUAGCUAGAUAAUUCUUAUUUAAGACUUAUUUGUCCUAUUUUCCAUAUUGCUAUCAGUUUUGAUACGGAACCAAUAUUUUUCUUCUCGAAUCUCAUCAUGUUAAAUCAAUGGAGUAGUUUGUAACUGGACAACAAUUGUAGUUAGACUAACUAAAUAACAUAAAUAAAAUCUUCUUUGAUUAGUGGUUUAAGAAAUGUGAUUUUUAAACAGAAUUCUCUAUUUAAAUAUUUUUUAUAAGCCGGUAAACCAGUAGACCUGAUGGUAAGCAAUCGGAGAUUGGGAAGGGGUUAAUUGGGCCUCCAGAAACCUCACUCACACAAAGAAAAAUAAUGCAAGCGAUAUUAGGUGGUGGUAUAUGUAAUUUAUAUGCCUGAGUUAAUGAAAAAGUGUAAAUAAAAAAUAAUUUUUAUGCAUAAUUUAUAUUUAUUUAUAAAAACAAUCUUUAUAUUUACACUGCACAGUUGGCGCGGUGGCUGGCUGCCGUGCAACUCUAUGUGAUCCAUAGAUUGUUGUUCCGGAUUUGGGUGUCAUGUGUAUGUGAAAUUGUAUGUUUGUAAACGCUUCUACGACACAAGAGAAAAUAACAGUAAGGGGCAACGUUAAAAAAAUUGAGCCUCAGUAUUGUUAGUUAACUAAACAAGUUACCCAAAUACCUCAAUUAAAUAAGCAAUGAGAUAUUUAUGUACAAACACAUAAGCUGUAAGCAAUUUUGUAAGAUCUUGUCUCUUAGUUAAUACAUUUUUGUACUUAUGUUGAUCAUUGUUAUGAAAUGAAUAAAGAUUUAUAUUUAAUCUCGUGUUAACUUGAUUUCAGUGGUUGAGUGUGAUAGUUCAGUAGAUUAUUUAUAUUUAAGCAUUUUAAGCUUAUUUUUAACACGCUUUUAUUAGUAAAUGAUGAUUGAUAAUCAUCGUGUCACUCACAGAACGUCCACUACAGGAGUGUUCAAUGAUCUCAUUAGACUUAUAACUUCAUGAAUGACAUUUGAUUUUCCCGUCUUAUGUCAAAGUCGAAACGUUUAGUUACAUGCUACUUUUGUAAACAAAACGUUCACCCAUUGGCGGGCGGUCACAGAAUCACUAAUGCAAUAUUGUUUUCAUUUCAAUAGUAACGUUAUCAGCGAGCACGUCGUCGUUCGUAUUUUCAAAAUCAGAACUCUCAAUGUUUUUUAUUAGUUAUUGAAUUCAUUCAGUAGAGCCAGUUGACGGACUUAUUACAGCGUUUUUUUUUUUAAUAAACAAGAAGGGAUAUAAGGUGCCUUUGGCCAAGUUUUAUCAAUAUUUGUGUUAAAUUGCUAUACAACAUGACAACAGCGACUCUCGAAAAGGCAUUCGAUAUACUCGCGAAAGCAACUGAACAAGACGAAAAGAAGAAUUACGAAGAAUCAUUCCGAUAUUAUGUGCAAGGCAUAAUUUAUUUACUGCACGUAGCUAAACAUGAGGCUAAAGGAGAAUUGAGCAAAGACCACAUAAACGAAGUUAUUGCAGAUUACAUAAAUAAAGCUAAGAAAGUCAAGGAGUAUCUUGAUGCAAAGAAGACUAAUGUGAACGCAUAUUUGGACGAUUUGGAAGAUCGGACCACAGAUAAUGUAGUCAAUGUUAUGAUUGAAUUAGUUUGUUUGUUUGAAGAUACUACUUCGACUCCUAUAAUAACGGUGUAUGAAAGUAGUAGUACAGAACAAUAAUAAAAUUAGGUGGUUCUAAGCUACGUGAUUACUUUUUUCUUGAGAAAAGGGACACGGCAUAAGAUAUAACUACCUACCUACACAACAAAAUAUAAAAUACAGUAAAUAUCUUAGCAACAUAAUGGCAAAUCCUACCACGACUUUACAAAAAGCAACUGAAAUCCUCACUGAUGCUACAGAAGACGACAAGAGUAGGUAUUACGAAGAUGCAUUACCCGCUUACGUACAAGGUGUGAUUUCUUUACUUCACGUUGUUAAUCAUGAAGUUGAAAUCCCAACCGCUACUAUGCUAGCAAAAUCAAAAUCGUUAGCGUACAUGCAAAGAGCUAAAAAAAUUAAGGACUACUUAGAAAUGAAGAAUAUAAUAACAGUGAAUAAAUAUUUAGAUGAUUUAGACACGAUUACUGACAGCGAUAUGGUCAAUGUUUUGUUUGAAACAAUUUGUUUGUACAAAGAAUCUGAAGAAUCGUCAUCAGUUCAGAAUGUUAGUGAGAAUAAUUCUACCCAACAUUAAAUAACUAUCUUUUUU